UCGAUUGACUGCUGAUCUUCAAUGGCUCCACAUUUAUGUUACAAUUUAUUUAAUUUUCUAUGAUAAAAACACAAAAUUAACUCGUUAUUAUCACCUUUUAUAGUCAUGAAUAAUUACCAGAAGUGAGCGUAGAUUUGCAUACUGUAAACAAGUAGGACGAAAAUAAUUUUAAUUCUUAAGAUGGCAGCUCGCGAUGCUUCGUAUUCUGCUCUAGAAAUGACGGAAAGAGGUGAAGGGAAGCGAGAAAGUCCUGUAAAAGAAAGCACUGAUCACACAGACGAUAUUGGGAAUAACUUUGACGAAGAAUUCUGGAUAAAGGUCAGAAAUACGUACAAUGAAACAGACAUCUCUUGGAAUCAUGCUAUGGAUGUGGUUCAGGUGGAGCAUUUGAUAGAGAAGUAUGAAAACAGUGGAGCGAAGCUGUCUGAAGCCCCUCUUCUAGUCAUGCUGAAGAGAUGGCCAAACAUGAAAAAGUACAGAGAAAAUCCAAGCUUAAAAGCUGCACUGGAACAUCAUAUCAACAGACUGGCUGAAAUCAUCCUUGGCCAAGAGACAGGAGUAGAUUACAAGUAUUUCAGAGAUAAAGAUGACCCCACUCACAAAACUUUGGUACAUUUAACAGCAGAGCUCAAUUAUGUCAGUGUAUGUAGGACCUUACUGGACCAUUUUCCAGGGCUACUUUACAUCACCUCAAAGGCACACAGUGUUCAUCGGAGGUACCUUCCUGUGGAACUUGCUUUGAUCAAUGAGAAUGACGCAGUGUCUGCAUUCUUGAUUAGUAGGAUGAAACAUGAAAGAGUUCAACAGCUUUUUCUGUGUGAAGAUCAAGAACAUCCAGGGAAUUUCAGUUUCAAAAGGCUGAUUGAAAGUCCAGUCAUGAAGAAAACUGUAGUGGCUAUUCUAAACUGUAUGGUUACUCCUCACUGGCCGUACCUACCUGAACGUAAAGAUGCCUAUUCUUCACGGGAAGAGGAAGAAAAUAUUGAGCAUGCAUGGAACAGUGUCCCUGAAGAGCCAAUGAGCUAUCAGUUCUACUAUCAGAUCCUGGAUGGUGAUGAAUGGGGUCGUCUGCCUAAGAUACCUGACCCAAAUGGACGUUCUGGAGAGAUGAUCAAUAAUGACCAUUUCAACUGGAAAAAUAAGUCUUGUCUGUAUUCGUUAGCCUUUAGUAAAAAUGAAGAAGCCAUACAACAUCCUGUUGUUCGUUUGUUGGUCAAGAAAAAGUGGACUGAGUAUGCACACACAUGGUUCUGUGCUGCAGGCGGGUUUUACGUCACAUUCCUCCUAUUGCUUUCCUACGCCUUGAUACACGGUUGUACUCGCUCAGACCCCACACAGUAUGACGGAGGUGGUGAUUGGCUAAGACAGGCCUGUGAGAUUUGCGUUAUUGUCAUGGUAAUAGUCUAUAUCGCAGAAGAAAUCAACCAGCUUGAAAAAGAGAAGCUGCAGUACUUCAAGAAUAUUUACAACCUCUUCGACUGGUUUGGUCUCCUCUCGAUAAUACUAGUCAUUCCUUUAAGGUUUGCUCACAUGGACGAGCAAUGGGUUUUGGCAGCGUUUGGGUACUUUUUUAAUUUCUUAAGACUUUUCAAGUACGCAUGCGUGUCUAGAACAACUGGCUUGUAUACGAAGACGCUGGCGAAGAUUAUUUAUCGCGACAUUACUCGAUUCGGUGUGGUGUUUAUUGUCGUGUUCUUUGCAUUCUGCGGGACGUUUUUCAUGUCCCUUCGCGCCUCUGGAACUUCGAAGCUUUUUGGCGAUUUCCAUAUGGUUAUGUUAGCUGGAGUGCGAGCCCUGGUCGAACAACAGCCACCAGCCGAAGACUACUCUAAGUUCAAAUGGCUACCAGUUCUCGUGAUUCUUGGUUACAUGGCAACCGUGGUGGUCAUUUUACUCAACAUUCUCAUCGCUCAAUUGAGUUUUACGUACGCUGAGGCCAAGAAGAGCGCGAGAAUACAGUACGAUAAAGAACGAAUGGUCAUUAUCACCAGGCUUGAACACAGCAGGCUCCAUCAGGUGAAUCUACGAAUCAUGCAUUUUAAGGACAAAGAAUGGAUUGAUGAACUUCAGCUUGCUAAUGAGCUGCUCGAGUACAGUGAAGAUCGUCAUCCUCUCGAAAGCAUCGAGGAUAAGUUGGAUGCUAUCAGGACGAUGAUGAAAAAGAUAAUCAGAAAAAUGCCAUUGACCGUCAUCAAGGGAUGAAACAAUGGUUUUUGAAAUGGAUUUAACGACUUGGACGAACUGAUCUAGUCCAGGAUCAACUCUGUCAAAACAGUCUCCCUCAAGAUGAAAUAUCCUCUUCGGCCCCACCCGAUCUGCGAUCCAAUCCUUUGGCUGUUCAUCGAGGUAGACGACCACAACACGCCCUAAGAUAGCGUCCUCUUUCAGAAACGCUUUAAUAAUACUUCCAUCGAACGUUACGUAGUCGUCGUCGAACUCAAACUCGUCCUCUUGAAGGUAUUGUUCGCUGCUGCGAGAGUAGACAAGCACCACACAGCGACUUUGGAAGAGUUCAUCUUCAAGAGUCGAUUCGUUCUCUAGAAUAUUGAGAAUGCUGUUGAGUUUGACGUGAGAUCCGAGUUUCAUUCGGAGAAAAUCUUUAAACUCUUCUCCACGAUGUUUGUCCUUUUUUGUGUAGAGGAAUAAUACUUUGAAUUCUGUCAUGGCUGGCAUUGGUAGUACUGGAAGGAAGAAAAAAAGAAAAAGAAAAAAGAAAAUGAAAAUGAAAAGAAAAGAAAAAGAAAAUAAGGCGAAGCUUUCAAGGAAUCAAGUCAAACCCCGAGGUUGAGCGGGGUUAAUAAUAUUCUCGUACCCAGAUCCUUCUCACCAAAAAAUUCGAUUAAUUUUCGUUAGAAAGCUGACAGGGCUUUGGGUACGAGAAUGGGUUAGUACCUGUGUGGGUGACCUGAACUUCAUGCCCAGCAAGAGUUUAGCUCCUUUUCGUUUUUGAUCUUUCUGUAGAAAUUUUGAAUAGCUCAUAAACCGUCCCACCUACAACACCCAGGUAUCAAUAGACUACUUCGACGAUACGGCGGCCAUCUUGAAUAGCAAGGCAUUAUAGGUCGUACAGGGGAAAACUCAAAGCUUUGUUACAGUAUUGACCUCGAUUGAUAUUAACAUCUCACCACAAAAGAAUAUAACAAAAGAUGAAUUAAGACGACAUAUCGAUCAUCUCACCUACAAAAGAAAGACAAACACACGAAACUCUAUAUAUUUGCUGUCAUCUUUGUUUCGUUGUGCCUCCCCCUGGCAAGAUGGCCAUCGUAUUGUCGAAGUAGUCCAUUUCAGAAACUGGAGUCAAUUUCCAGUCUGACACUCGAUUUCGACCAGGGUAUGUCUCCACAGUCGUUCAGCAGAUCGGCCGAUAUUAGUCUCCUCCACAGCCGCUUUCAGUGUCGUCACGCAACGCUUUCUCCCCUGAGUGACCUGAGUAGCUCAGGGGAGAAAGCGUUGCGUGACGACACUGAAAGCGGCGGUGGGGGAGACUAGGCCGAUAUCUGAUCUCAACUAAUCUGACCUUCAAACAACAGCCUUACGCGCGGAUUUGAUUGAGUUGAUGAAAGAGACCUAGAGAGACCUACUAGUCAAGAUCGUAACAUUGGAAUUAAUUUUCCAUAUUUGGUGUUGCAUCGAAUUCAACUCCCCAAACAAACCCACAUACUACAGGUUACACCUUUAGAAUGUUUCAAGGUUAUACUACUAAUCUUCUUGACAAUGUUUGACAGGGUCAAUCUUCGUUUUAUAACAGAAUCGAAAUGUUUAUUAAGGCAAGGGUCAAACAUGAGAACUGUAUUGAAGGCGAAACAGAAGACUAACAAUUCAAGAAAAAUGUCAAAAAUCCCGCGCUAGAAAUAUUGAUCACGGAUAAAAGUGACACGAUUAGCUAUAAUCUUGUGCAUUCUGCUUUAUAUUUUGACGAUUUCACAUAAAGAAAGCGUUAUUUUAGCCAUCCAUUGAUGCUUGUUAGUGAACAGAUGAGUAAAGAUAAAUACUGGAAACAAGAACUUGACAUGAUA